GUAAACACGGCUCGACUUCCGGGUUGAGGAGUCAGGGACGAUGUGGAGCGACGGAGGUGGUCUGUGUAAGGCUAAGUGGUGUGCGGGCAGCAGCCAUGGUUCAGACGUGCUCAGCGUACGGGUGUAAGAAUCGCUACCACAAGAACAACGACAUUUCCUUCCACAAGUUUCCUCUUGCGCGUCCAGAUAUUUGUGGGAAAUGGGUGGCAGCGAUGAGGAGGAACAACUUUAAGCCGACAAAGUACAGCAACAUCUGCUCGCAGCACUUCACCAAAGACAGUUUCAAGAGAGAGUGCAACAACCGAGUGCUGAAGGAGAACGCCGUGCCGUCACUCUUCUCCUUCAACCUCAGCAUCAAGCCGGAGUCGGCAGAGGAUCCUUUUCCCUCACAGAUCCACUUCCCAUUACCUCUCCCUCUAACCUCUGAGCCAGUGGUGGAGGAAGUGGAGGAGUCUGAGCCCAGGAUGAGUUUGCCCAACACCUGCGGCGACACAGCCACAGUUUCCUGUGACCACAACUACACGGCCGAAGAUUCUGCACGGCAGAAGAAGCGCAUUGAGCAGCUGGAGGAGCAACUAGAACGUCUGCGGAAGAAACUGAAAACGAGCCAGCAGAAGUGCCGGCGACAAGACAGGCAACUGAAGCGGCUCAAGGCGGCGUGUGAGGAACCCAGGAUUGGGCACCAGCUGUCCGCUGCAUUCAGCGAGGGAUACGUGAUUUUACCUAAACACAUCUACCACACACUCAAAGGCAUCGAGUGAGGUGAAAUAGAGGAAAGAGUAACAGCUGUUGUCCCACUGAUCUACCAAUAACAACCUGCCACAGGCUCAGAUUCAAACCUGGCAGACUUUAAUGGCUGCAGGGGAAGGCAGCAAAUGUCUGAGGUGAAAGAAGGUCUUCUAAAGGAAUGCAACAAAAAGCUGGGAGAGUGACGAAGGGCUGAACAUUUAGAAUAACGCAGCGAUGACUGGGUUCAACGCGCAUGUGAAGAGUCGCUCAAUUGGCUGCAUUACAAAGCGAGUUACUGCCCAGAGGUGUCAACGGCAGCAGGAGAGCAUAGACUGUGGAGAGCUCUGUUUGCAUCUUGAGCACGGAGAGUUCACACAACUUCGAUAUAGGUCAACCAUGUCAGUUGCUCUCUUGCAACUCUAGGAGAAAAGCCAUGAUGAUUAAAAAAGUAACAUAUUUCAAAAUGCA